AUGGUUACAACUACAAUGUUUAUUGAUAUAAAAGGUGCAUUUGAUUGUGUUUCACUUUCUCAAAUGAUCAAAACUUUGAUAAAACUGAGAAUGCCAAAGUCUCUCAUUAAGUGGGUUGUCUGUUUCAUGUCAAAAAGAACUAUUCAGUUGCUUUUUGAUGGAAUGAGACAAGAUAUAACAGAUAUUGAGACAAAUGGCAAUUAUGUUAAACCAAAAAGCUCAGUUAGAUGGCUUGAUAUCUGGUUUAACGUCCCGGAGAAAACACUGGCAGCGCCCGUGUUUCAGAAGCCUCCCGAAGGGCAUGGAGACGUGGCAACUCUUGAGAAGACUCAGCUCAUUGCAAAGGAUUUUUCUGAGCUGCGCAUCCACUUCUGGCCCGACAGAAGAUCAGUGAUUAACUUUGAAUGA